UCCUGUUGAAAAUGUCUGUGUAAUGUAGAUAAAUGUGAGGGAUUUUCUCUCUAAAUCCGUCUCCUGUUCGCUAAAUCUCACUUCUCCAAAACGAGCCUGCGCAAUGGAACAAAGUCGGAAUAUUGAGAUGUGACAUUGCCCGCAUCUCAUCCUCUUUCUCCCCGUUUUUUAAUGACUUCAAACAAGUUCAUUUUCGCCGGGCUUUGUCUUGCGGAGACCCGUGGGGAUGUCUAGCGCUCUUUCCUUUCAGUGGCAUUUAUGUGAUGUCUUCAAGAGUGCGAUGUGCUGUAUCUCCUGUAGCCACACCCUCUCACUACUGCUGUGCGUCCUCACCCUGACUCCGACGGCAACAGGGGCGGGCCCAGAGACCCUGUGCGGGGCGGAGCUGGUCGACACGCUGCAGUUUGUGUGUGGAGAGAGAGGCUUUUAUUUCAGUAAACCAACAGGCUAUGGCCCCAAUGCACGGCGGUCACGUGGCAUUGUGGACGAGUGCUGCUUCCAAAGCUGUGAGCUGCGGCGCCUGGAGAUGUACUGUGCACCUGCCAAGACUAGCAAGGCUGCUCGCUCUGUGCGUGCACAGCGCCACACAGACAUGCCGAGAGCACCCAAGGUUAGUACCGCAGGGCACAAAGUGGACAAAGGCACAGAGCGUAGGACAGCACAGCAGCCAGACAAGACAAAAAACAAGAAGAGACCUUUACCUGGACAUAGUCAUUCAACCUUUAAGGAGGUGCAUCAGAAAAACUCAAGUCGAGGCAACACGGGGGGCAGAAAUUACAGAAUGUAGGGAGGGAGCGAAUGGACAAAUGCCCAGCGACUUGGGAAGAGAGAAGGGAGUGGCCUUACCUGGUACCCCUGUGGAAUGGUUCACUGUAAAACAAAACAAAGAGGAAGAUGACAAAGGUCCGAAACCUCUUCAAAAUGAUUGAAACCUGAGAGCUAAGUGAUGUUUAAGGGUUUGAUGAGGGAUCUUGUGAUUAUUUUAUACACUGCACCAUUCCAUAUCGGGAGGAAUUCUUUGUUAAUGCAAUGUAACAGACUAGUUUAGCUGCUGAGACACGAACAAGAGCUUAUUAUACCUCCAAUGUGUGAGCUGCAGCGUCCCCCCUGGCUCCAGGAAAGGUGGAAACGGAUCUGGGCUUCAGCCAAUCAGAGAGCGGCAAGCUGUGAUUGAGAAUGAGUGGUCCGUCCUGUCCCCUGAACUUUGCGGAGGUAAAUCUUUUCAGUCUUAGAGAGUGGAUUAAAUUCACUCCUUUUGCAAGAUUUCUUUGUCACCGGUCAAAUAACAAUUACUACCCCAGUUAAGAAAUGUUUUGAUGCACCAUGCAUGAAAACAAGGUUUUCUUUAAAGGAACAGUGUGUAGAAUUUAGAGACAUCAAGUGGUGAGGAUUACAGAUUGCAGCCAACUGAAACAUCUCCCAUGUGUCAAGCUUGAACUCCUGUUUAGAAAUUACUUCAGUGUUCAUUGUUCAGGAGGUUUAUACUGGGAGCUGAAUUAUCCACAGAGGUCUCUUUCUCUCUAAAACAAAC